GUCUCUCGCUUCUUGCCCUCCGUGUUCCGAGUCGUCUUGUCCCUUGCCUUCCUCUCCGCUGGUCCCUCGUUCGUCGUGUGGGGGCCUCUCACCUUGGGCCUGGGCCGCUGUCCUCCUUCCUUAAAGGAGCAUGUGACGGUACCAAGACUGGCAACAAUGAAUCUGGAGUGAGGAACUUGUGACUCCACAAUUCUGUGUGCUAGGCCCUGAAUCUUCUUUUUUUGGCUUAAAACAGUGUACGUGGAGAGAGAAUGACUCUUGGAUUUGUACAGCUGUCCCCACUACUGGGGAGGACUUUGCUGGUGCUCAUGGUGACUACUUCUGUUAAGUGCCAUUGGCCCAGUGAGGCCUCAGACGUUGUACGGGACUGGGAAAACCAGUUAGAGGCCUCAAUGCAUUCGGUGCUUUCAGACCUCCGAGAGAGUGCGCCCGCAGUGGUGGGGAUUCCAGACAGCUCCGCUGUAGUCGGUCGCUCCUUCAGAGUCACCAUCCCAACAGAUCUAAUAGCUUCCAACGGAGAGGUUAUCCAGAUUGCUGAAGCUGGAAAGGAGUCCUUGCCUUCUUGGCUGCACUGGGAACCAGAGACCAGCACCUUGGAAGGUCUCCCACUUGAUACAGAUAAAGGCAUUCAUUAUAUCUCUGUAAAUGCAAUGCAUCUGGAAUCUAAUGGAAGUUAUGUGCCCCAAACUACCAAUGUAUUUUCCAUUGAAGUUCACCCUGAAGAUCAUAAUGAACCUCAGUCAGUGCGAGUGGCUUCCCAGGAUGUGAAUGAAGCCACACCAUUUGUGUGUAGUGCAGAGGAACCAGUCACUAUCUUGACUGUAAUUCUGGAUGCUGACUUAACAAAAAUGACACCAAAGCAGAGGAUUGAACUUUUAAACCGAAUGAAAACCUUCUCAGAAGUGGAACUUUAUAACAUGAAAUUAGUUCCAGUAGUAAACAAUAGACUCUUUGACAUGUCAGCCUUUAUGGCUGGACCAGGGAAUGCAAAGAAAGUGGUGGAAAAUGGAGCCUUAUUAUCAUGGAAACUGGGGUGUUCUUUGAGCCAAAACAGUGUCCCUAACAUAAGCAGUGUUGAAUCCCCAGCUAAAGAAGGUACAAUGUCUGCCCAUCUUGGCUACCCUGUUGUUGGCUGGCAUAUUGCUAACAAGAAGCCUAAUCUUCCAAAGAGAAUAAGGCGGCAGAUUAAUGCUACGCCAACACCAGUGACUGCUGUUGGACCUCCAACAACUGCCCUCCAGGAGCCACCAACUAGAAUUGUUCCAACACCCACUUCUCCGGCCAUUGCACCACCCACAGAAACAACAGCUCCUCCUGUAAGAGAACUUGUUCCAUUACCCAAGAAACCCACAGUUACUAUUAGAACAAGAGGUGCCAUUGUACAGACACCAACACUUGGACCAGUUCAACCAACCAGAGUGGUGGAAGCAACUAGUACUACCCCUGGCCAGAUUCGACCAACAGCGACUGGACAAGUAGAACCUACUGCAGUAGUUACACCACCCACAACAAAGAAACCCAAAGGAACCACACCAAAACCAUCCACCCCAAUAAGUACCGAUACUGGUACAACACGAAGACCCAGACCUACGAAAACGUCUCGGCCUCCAAAGCCACCUCGGACUACUAAACCCUCCCUUGUUGAACAGAAAACUGUUUCUCCACCAACCCGUGUUCGUACCACUACAGUUGGAAUACCCCGUGUGCCGAAUGAUCCACCAGUGCUGAAAAACCACAUAGACCGGGUAGAUGCAUGGGUGGGCACAUACUUUGAGCUCAAAAUACCUUCAGAUACUUUCUAUGACAAAGAAGAUACCACCACGGAUAAGUUGCAACUGACCAUGAAACUAGAAGAUGAGAAGCCAUUGGAAGAAAACUCUUGGGUGCAGUUCAAUAGCACUAGUCAGCUAAUGUAUGGACUACCAAAUCACACCCAUUCAGGCAGACAUGAAUUUUUCAUGCAUGCGACAGAUAAAGGUGGCCUGUCAACUGUGGAUGCUUUUGAAAUAUUUGUGCAUGCUCUAGGACAGGAUCUUGUCCCUCCAGUUAAAUUUAAGGCCAGGUUCCAUGGAGACCAUAAUGCAGUUGCGAAUGACAUUCAUAAGAAAAUCCUCUUGGUAAAGAAGCUAGCUUUUGCCCUUGGAGACAGAAACAGUAGCACUAUUACAAUAGAGAACAUUGGCAAAGGCUCUGUUGUAGUUGAGUGGACAAACAAUACUCUGCCUUUGGAGCCAUGCCCCAAAGAAAAGAUCCGUAUCAUGAGCAAAAAAAUUUCUGAUGAUGUUGGUGGUCCAAGCCCAGCCUUUGUCAAUGCCUUAGAGCCAGAGUUUCGGCCCAUUAACAUUUCAGUAGUUGGUGCUGGUAGUUGCAGGCACAUUCAGUUCAUUCCUGUGACAAGAGAGGGACUGCCUACCACAGCCCUACCUACAGUUGUGCUUCCACGGGAUCCAGAAAAGACAAGUGAAGAUGACGUGUACCUACACACAGUAAUCCCAGCAGUAGUGGUGGCAGCCAUUCUGCUUAUUGCUGGGAUUAUUGCUAUGAUUUGCUAUCGCAAGAAGAGAAAAGGUAAACUCACCAUAGAAGACCAAGCCACCUUUAUCAAGAAGGGAGUUCCAAUAAUCUUUGCAGAUGAGCUGGAUGACUCCAAGCCUCCACCUUCCUCCAGCAUGCCCCUGAUUCUACAGGAAGAGAAAGCACCUCUCCCACCUCCUGAGUAUCCAAAUCAGAAUAUGCCAGAAACCACUCCACUCAACCAAGAUGCCAUAGGGGAGUACACGCCACUGCGGGAUGAAGACCCCAAUGCACCUCCCUAUCAGCCUCCCCCUCCCUUCACAGCACCCAUGGAGGGGAAAGGGUCCCGUCCGAAGAACAUGACCCCAUACAGGUCUCCACCUCCCUAUGUCCCCCCUUAAUGAACAAGAGAUGCGUGCGGAGACAGGGCCUAUAGUUCCACACCAGUGUCGUCUGGGAUCAGUGGGCAGCAAAGCUGUUACCAACUAGAAAACCAACAGAAUCUUGAACAUUGCCUGGACCCCAGCAGGCCCUCUCCGAAAUGCAUUUGCUACACCAGAGUGCUUGUGGAACUUUCGGGACACUGAUUUUAUUUUUGCCUAACAGCUUAUGUUUUGUUUAUUCAUAGAAAAAGAGAAAAAAAAAUCUUGGCUCAAAAAGUAUUUCUGACAGCAGGCGUCUCAAAGCAUCUUGUGCAAAAGAAGACUGGCUGGACAUGCAGGCAGCACUUAGGGGUGGCACGCUGGGUCUCUGCUGUUUGCCUUUAAAACUAACUGUACUGUUUUUUCUAUUCACGUGUGUCUAGCUACAGGGCAUAACAUGAAACGUAGCCUAUACAGUUAAAGUCAGAGGACUUUCUGAGGUCAACAUUAAGUUUUUACAUUUAAUUGCUGUUAUCUAAACUUGUAUGUAUAGAUUUGGGGAAGGGAAGGGGAAAAUGCUUUACUACAAAUAAGCUUGAGGGUUGUUUCCAAUGCCAACCAGGCUGAGGGACUGUCUUUUUUAAUCAAAGGAAUCCUAUUUUUUCACACAUAUAAUCCAGUCAUCAUCUGGGGUUCUUUUUUGCAAAUAGUAGUUGAGCAAACUUGUUGCUCUUACCUGCUCUUGCUGGAUAGAUGCCGCAGGCAUCUGUCAGAAAAGGGAGUUUUGAGAGCUCUGUGCAAUUACCAAAAAAAAGAAGGAAAGAAAGAAAGAAAGAAAGAGCAGACUUACAUUUUGGAAACAGGAGGCCCCAAGAGUGGUAUUUGCAGGCUGCGAGGGUCAUGGUGCUGCACUGAGACUUUUCACCUGGAAGGCAUCCUCUGGCUUUUGAAACACUCUUGAGAUAUUUCAGUGAAGAUGCAAUAUUUUUAUGUAGUGUAAUGCAGUUUUCCUCACAUCAAGACUCCUCCUGGACCACAGUAUUGGAACAGCCCCUCUUCUCCUCCCAGACUGUCUGGCUGUCCCAGCCCCACUCCCUUACCACCCUUCUCGCGCACAAGCAGACGCAAUAGUAGCUGUCUGGCGGUUGGCAACAUAAAUUUAAAGCGCCAGAAUAGUUCAUAGUAAAAAUCAGUGAACUCUCAGUUCUAAUUUUUUACUAAAUUUUUGAUACAGCCUCAAAUUGUUUUAUUAAAAAAUAAUUAAAAAUGGUAAUGCUGACAGCAGUUUGUAUGAGCUUAGCUUCUUAGUAUCAUUUCAAUGGGACUGACUGCUUUGCUCAUUUCGGAUUUUGUUUUCCCCUUUUUGGUCUCUUAUAGUCAUUAUUUUAAACAUUUAGAGCCAUGUUUAGGUUUCUUGCCUUUUUUUAAAAAAAAUGAACUUCUGGAUAUUUCUCUUGAAAAGUUGGAGCUAUCCUCAGGGUUGCUCCCAUGCCUUUUGUUUUCUUUUUUGAGAAAGUUGUUUUAUGCAUUUUCCCUUAUCCAUUUGAGACUAUUUUGGUACAUCAGAGGGAGGGGAAAAAACCCUUUGCAAUAAUGAGUCCAUCCCCUGGCUGGGGGGGCUGGGCAGCCUCUGGCUGACUGCACACAGAGCAGACACUUUUAAGCCAUAUUGACUGUUUUGCAAAGUAUGUUUGUGGGCUGACAUGGCCACUGAACACACAAGUGGAUGAAUGGCUCAAACGACCUUCACCUCUGACCUUGCUAGGGUGGCAUUUCCCAUCAAGCCUUUUCCAAAACACAGCUACAGUACUUGAACAGGAUUUUGCCUAUCCAAACCAAUAUUAACUUGGCCAUGGCCCCAUAUAAUUCUGCACUCUGCUUCUGCUGCCCCCUCAGGUGGUUAGAGGGAUUUCAGUGUUGAAGUGAGGGUGACUGUAAAAGAAUGCUUCAGGUUUCGCCUUUGUCGAGUGUGAGAAGUACAGAUUUGCCCUACAGAGUCUCUCCCCUCCCCUCGCAGGGCUUGAAUGUUGGCAUGUGUCAGAGCUGAGGAGAAGCGGUGGUUUCUUCUUUUUCUCAUCGUGCAAGAGAAAUGGUUCAAGGGAAGUGGAUUAACUCACCCCACUUAGGGCACCCUGCUUUGGAACAGACACUGGAAAUAUGUUGGUAAAAACUCCCUGCCCCCAGCUAGCAGCUAUGGCAACACACUACCAAAAUCUAUCUUGGCAGGCCUGCGUUUCAGAUCUUUCCAAGUGAUCGACGCAGAGAGCCUCCUAAGCCCAAAUGCUGCAAGUUAGAAGGGCCUUCCAAACAGUGCCGUUGCCCCUAGCAACUGAUGCCACUUUGUACUGGUCAUGCGCAAGCGCAGACAGUUUCAGGCCUGGGCCUACCUGUCACCAUAGAAACUGGAGGCAAAGGGGCAGUGAACGGAAUAAUAACAAUGGCAUUCUCAUCAGCCGCCUUCCCCCUAAGCUCCAGAGCUGUUUGUUUAUGCCACUAGACACUGUAAUGGUGGGAGAGAAUCUUGUAUUAAAAAUGUUCACCAACCACUGAUGUGUUUUUAUGUCCUUAUAUAAUUAUUUUAAAAAUGUGUUUUCUGCAUUCUGUAAAGAAACAUAUCAACUAAAUAAACCAGUGUACUUUACUACAAAUGCA